AUAAAGGGAUGCUUGGCGGAAAGUAGCGCACACACUCGGGUUAGCUUUGUGGACGCGGUCGUUUUUACGUCUUCUGCGGCUCGUCCUGGGGUUUAGGAACGUCCCGGGCUUCGUUGCGCAGUCUUUCGGUCGCGUCGCGUCAUCGCAGCGUGUUUAUAGCCGCCAGUUGGCCCGCUGCUGCGCGCUAGCUUCGAAGCUCCACCACGCAUUGUGUCCAUCAUGUCUGGGGGUGUCGUUCGAGGACCCGCGGGAAGUAACGACUGUCGGAUUUACGUGGGCAACCUUCCUCCGGAUAUACGAUCCAAAGAUGUGGAGGAUCUCUUCUACAAAUACGGAAUGAUCCGCGACAUCGACCUGAAGAAUCGACGAGGAGGACCGCCGUUCGCCUUUGUGCAGUUCGAGGACCCGAGGGAUGCAGAGGAUGCGGUGUACGGCAGAGAUGGCUACGACUACGAUGGCUACCGUCUGCGUGUGGAGUUCCCUCGCAGUGGAAGAGGAGGGGGCGGUGGGGGCGGAGGUGUUGGGUCAGCGGGACCCCCAAGGGGACGAUAUGGACCCCCAUCGAGACGCUCGGAGCACAGAGUCGUGGUGUCCGGUCUCCCACCGAGCGGCAGCUGGCAGGACCUGAAGGACCACAUGCGAGAGGCGGGUGAUGUCUGUUACGCUGAUGUGAACCGCGAUGGCAGCGGAGUGGUGGAGUUUGUUCGCAAAGAGGACAUGACUUAUGCCGUCCGGAAAUUGGACAACACCAAGUUCCGCUCCCAUGAGGGAGAGACCUCCUAUAUCCGCGUGAAGACCGACGGCCCUCGCAGCCCGAGCUACGGCCGCUCCAGGAGCCGCAGCCGCAGCAGAAGCAAGAGCCGCUCCCGCAGCUACUCCCCUCAGCGCAGCAGAGGAUCUCCGCGCUACUCUCCUCGACGCUCUCGCUCCCGCUCCCGUUCCCGCUCCCGCUCCAGAUCCCGCACCUAGAGCCGCCGGACCAAAGUGAUGACCGUCCUCAGAGCCUCUUCAUCUGACAGACAUCUGCCCUCCACACAUCACUUUUGGUUGCGAGCUUUCAUUUGCCAUCCCUCCCUCCCCUCUCCCUCCCCUCCCCACUCAACCAUCACCUACAUGUCUGCUCUACUUGACUGUGCUUAGCUGCUUUAUUCUGUUUGUCCAAGAGACGUGUAGCUUUCUGAAGGAUACACACAUGUGCUCUGACCUUCUUUUGUGUCUCUCUGUAGAGAUCAAAGAAGCGUUGUAGGAUGGGAUCAGAGGAGUCAGUUCAAAUUAGGAUUAACAGAUGGAGGAGGAAGAGAAGGAGGAUAAUGGCACCCAAUGGUAUGAUAGUUGUGCCUUGUGUCAAUUGUAAAUCUGCUUUUGAGGCUGUUGAGUUUUCCUUCGGUGACAUGGUUCGAUCUCCCAGUGGUGAUGUCUGUGUGAGUCGGGGUUGGAGAGCCAGAGGUCGCCCUCCAGCUCCUCAGUGAAUGUUUUCUUUUCUCCUCUUUCAGGAUUUGCUAUGUCGACGUUUUGGUUCUUAACAUCUUUGUAGAUUCAUCUGAGAUCUUUUUUAUCAUGUGAAGGUGUGAUUCUAACUCGCCUCCUUCUCUUUGGUUCUGCUGGUAUUCUGAAGGUUUGGACUGGGCUCAGAGUCUACCCAUUCCGGAGCCGGAUCAGAUUAGGAUUAGGCCUGAGGAUGGAUACAUGGAGCAGGAUUACGGGAUGUUUUUUUUUUUCUUUUUCUCCUUUUUACCAGGGAGGAUCUCAAUUCAGGCGCCUGCCACUAACUUACCGUCCAGUGGAAUUUGAAAUUGUUAGCUGGUCGAGCGAAUUGGCCUUGAAAAACCAACAGCAUGCAGUUUUUUUAGACAUUUUUCCCAAUUUUUUGUUCAUUAAAAAAGCUGCGAUCAAAGCCAGGAGGAAGGCUGGGAGGUGCAGGACGGAGCCACACCAGUGGGGGAAAUGGC